AUGAGCACGUCCAGUAGAUUGUCGUUUGGAGUAUCAGCAGAAACAAGUGUGUCCACGGGAUGCUGUUCAGAAGGAUGCAAAUACAAUAUCCUCUCAUUGAGAGGGCAGCGUUACCAAAUGAUAAAAAUUGUAACACUGGCUUUGGUUCCAAUGAUUGCUCUUAGUGUUGUCACAUCUAUCAGUGUUAUGGAUAGCGCAAUCAAAUUUUCGAUAAAGGAAAAUAUUCAAAAAGGAAUAUCGUUCAGUCUGGAAACUGGAAUCCUUUUACGCUUUACACAGAUCGAGCGCGGAAUGAGCGCAUUAUAUCUCAGUUCAAAUUCGGACAGCCAGGCAUAUGAAACACUUUUAGGAAAAUACGAAGGAACAGACGGUGCUAUCAAUGGUUUAAGUCGGUGGCCAAAUUAUAAAAUUGAUUAUCCGCCUCAUUUUCAAUCAAAGUCAAUAUUUUUUCAAAACAUUAGAUCUUAUCGGGAGAGAGUACUCUUUAACAACAUAACAAUAGGAGAUAUUGUUACAAAGUACACUUCUGACAAUGCUGUAAUCAUCAGCUGGGUAGGAAACAUUAUCCGGUUAUACACGACAGGCGACCUCUGGACGGCCCUCGUGGCCUACCACGUGCUGCUUUUGGCUAGCGACGAAAUUGGAAUAGAACGUGCACUUGGAAGUACAUAUUUUACGACAGGAAACUUUUCAAAUGAAGAGUUAGCGUUGUACAUCGAGAAAAAAGUGACAGGCGAACGCUACUUGGAACUCAGUAAAAGUUACUCAGAGGACAUUCGUCGACUGACGGAAGUGAACUUUAAAAACUCUGAGCUCUCUACGGCUCUUUCUAAGAUGCGCGCGAGGAUUAUACUUAAUGAAGACGUGUUGGCUUCAGCUGCUUCUUCCAUCCAAUGGUUUGAUAAUAUGACGUCAUACAUUGAUAUCAUUAAGGAAAUACAAGACUUUGUCGCGAAGAAUAUUUUGGAAAGGAUACAAGGAGAACUGGAUGAUGUGAGUGUAACAUACAAAUUGAACGUCGGGUUACUAUGUGGCUCCCUUUUAAUGUAUCCUACAAUUUUAAUUGUUAUGUUUAAACUUACGAAACAGAUCCAAUUAGUGGCCUUAUCGUUUAAGGACAAAGCUAUUUUGUUAUCAAAGGAGAGGAAAAGAAGUGAGACUCUUUUGUGUCAACUGCUUCCGGUUUCUGUAGCAAGGAAAAUGAUGGAGAAUAAGAAAAUUGAACCAAGAUUAUAUAAAUCAGCCACAGUAUGUUUCUCGGAUAUCGUUGGUUUUACAACUAUAUGUUCCGGAUGUACACCUUUCCAAGUUGUCGAAUUGCUGAAUCUAUUAUAUAACACAUACGAUUCCAGACUAGAAAAAUACGAUGUUUACAAAGUGGAAACAAUAGGUGACGCUUACAUGGUUGUUUCGGGUGUUCCUGAAACCAAUGGCGAGCGUCAUGUCAGCGAGAUUGCUUUUCUGGCACUGGAUAUGCUGGAAGCUACAAUGGGAGUAGAUGUUAGACAUCUAGCGAAUAAAAACAUCAAUUUGAAGAUCCGACUCGGCGUCAAUACAGGUCCUGUAGUGUCGGGCGUAGUCGGAAACAAAAUGCCACGGUAUUGUCUUUUUGGAGAUACUGUCAAUGUGGCGUCCCGCAUGGAAUCCACAGGAAAACCCCAGAAGAUACAGUUAAGUGCUAGUACUGUGGAAGCAUUACAGCAGUUCCCAUGCUUCCAAACCCAAGAAAGAGGAUUUGUGCAAAUCAAGGGGAAAGGCGAAAUGAAAACAUCUUGGUUACUACGAUCAACAAUACCCACGACUGUCAAUCUGCUACCUCCGGAUCGUUGUUCAACAACAGUCGAUAUGUUUCAAGUACAGCCUAGUCGCAACGUAACGCUACCGCAGGUCUAA